UUUGUCAAUUGUGGCUCUUGAAUAGGGGCAUGGAGGCUACUUAGAGACUUGGACUAGUCUUUAGUGAUAAUUAAAUAUGAAGAACCAGUCAUGCUAUCAGGCCUGCAACAGACCUGGACGAGGAGGUCAAGUAUCACAUCCUUCAACUUCAGUUCCACCUUCAUCACACCCUGUAACUUUAGUUAUACUCUCAUCACGCCCUUCAACUUCAGGUCUACCCUCAUCAAACCCUUCAAUUUCAAUUCUACCCACAUCACAUCCUUCAACUUCAAAUCUACCUUCAUCUCACCCUGUAACUUUAGUUAUACUCUCAUCACACCCUUCAACUUCAGUUCUACACCCAUCAAACCCUUCAACUUCAGUUCUACCCGCAUCACAUCCUUCAACUUCAGUUCUUCCCUCAUCACACCCUUCAACUUCUGUUCUGCCCUCAUCACACCCUUCAACUUCAGUUCUGCCCUCAUAUUACUCAACUUCACCAAUGUUUUCUUCACACUCAACUUCCGUCACGCCCUCUUUACACUCAUCAACUUCCGUCACGUCCUCUUCACACUCUUUAACUUCCGUCAUGUCCUCUUCACACUCUUCAACUUCCGUCACGCCCUCUUCACACUCUUCAACUUCCGUCAUGCCCUCUUCACACUCUUCAACUUCCGUCAUGCCCUCUUCACACUCUUCAACUUCCGUCACGCCCUCUUCACACUCUUCAACUUCCGUCAUGUCCUCUUCACACUCUUCAACUUCCGUCACGCCCUCUUCACACUCUUCAACUUCCGUCAUGCCCUCUUCAACUUCCGUCACGCCCUCUUUACACUCAUCAACUUCCGUCACGUCCUCUUCACACUCUUCAUCUUCCGUCAUGCCCUCUUCACACUCUUCAACUUCCGUCACGCCCUCUUCACACUCUUCAACUCCAGUUAUGCUGUUAUCAUGCACUUCAACUUCACUUCGACCUGCUUCAUUUACUUGCUCAAAUCGACAAGAACCACCAAUGUCUUUAAUUUCAUCAACAUUUCCGGCACCAUAUUGCUUAACAUCUCACUCGCCUUGUGCAUCAAAAAUGUCACCAACGUCGCCUCUUCUGGCUUCAGUUGCUCAUGACCGACCGACGGAGUGCAACGCUGCAAACAACAACAUUAAGGGCGAUGCUGAGAUGGGUGAUAUAGAUGUCAAGGACGAAUCAUUCUCCUAUGAUGAUAAGCAGGCUCACGUGCCUUGCAGCUCUGGUGCUGCUUGUCCUUCAUCUCUAUUUCCGCCACCUCCUCCACCUCUCGUAUGCUGGAGGCCAUGCAAGACGGAAGCUCAAAUUGCGGACCUGUGUGCUCAGCGAGUCUUAUUCUCACAUUUUCCAGAUCCGGGUUCUCUAGAAGCCCCGGAUGAUAUGGAGUCGUCUUCUGCAUCCAGCAAAGGCGCUCCUGUUGGGCUGAACGAGUCGAUGCAAUUUGAGGAUUCUGAACUUAAUUUAAAUAGCACGCCAUUGGCAAGUAAUCGGGCCGACUGGUUGGAUCCUUGGCUGGCAUCUUGGGAGAAAAAUUCAAAUUCACAUGGCGAAUUGGCAGAAAAACUUCAAAUCACUUCUAAAGCAAACGUCAAGACAAUGCUAUCGAACCGCCUUGAAGUUCCAGAGCUCUCGCCGGCGCAUAAAACUCCAAAACGGCGCGGCGAAGAGACUGGCAAGUCUUCCGACGCCCGAAGUUCCCACCAGCUUUCUGGAUUCAGUAGCCCUACAAAAACUACCCCAGUUCUUGGCCAAAAAACUGAAUUUUUGGCUGAAAAAUAUUUCGAGCAGAGUUUUGGAUCGCAUUUCAUCUACGGGCUCAAGAAAUUUGUUCUACAAAUGAAGACUCGAAAGCUCUUGAACCUUGCACUUGAAAGACCAAACUCCAAUGGACCUUCGCCAAAGCGGCCUCGCGUGGAGGAGGUAGCUGCUUGCGCUCCUUGUGAGGCAAGAACUGCUUAUCGUUGCUGCCCCAAAAAGGCUAUCCAAAAUCGACAGCAGGCAACUGUAUGCCUCGUUCCAUCCUGCGGCAUCGAGACACAGCAUAUUCAGCAGCACUACCAAGAGCAUCAUGAGUUGCCGGUGGUCUGUGCCGAGCAGCUAACCAAGCUUGGCAAGGACUUCGAGGAGCUUGAUAAGACUGCUGAGCACACGCUUGUCUUAACACCAGAGGAGAUACAUGAAGAGCUUGAAAAUUCACUUACCGAAGUGAUGGCCAUUGACCAGACGGCGAUCAAUGCCCUCACGGGGCAACUGAGAACAUUCGUUGAUCUUUUCACUGCUUUUCAAAAAACGAAAAACGACGCAGCGGAAGGAUUUUCAGCCAUCACGACCCCGUCAUAUAGAGACAACCGUAAUGAAAUUAUCCUGAAAAACAAAAGCAACCCAUCCAGAGGAUUUUCAGCCAUCACAACCUUUCCCAAUAGUGACAACAGGAGUCAAAAUAUCCUUGAAAACAGAAACAACCCGUCGAGAGGACUUUCAGCCAUCACAGUCUCGUCCGAUAGAAACAACAGGAGUGAAAAUGUCGUGGAAAGCAGAAGCAACUCAUCAAGAGGUCUUUCAGCCAUCAAAAUUUCGUCAAAUAGAAACAACAGGAUUGAAAAUAUCUUUAAAAACAGAAACAACUCAUCGCAAGGACUUGCAGCCAUCACAAUUUCGUCAAGUAGUAACAGCAGGAGUGGAAAUGUCCUAGAAAACAGAAACAACUCAUCGAGAGGACUUUCAGCUCAAAAAGCCUCGUUAAAUAGAGACAGCAGGAGGGACGUGUGUGAGCUUGUUGAAGCACCGCCCUUUGAAAAUCAACAGAGUGCUCAAGACCUAAGGCCUCGAGAAUCAAGCCUUAACAGAUACGUUGCUUUGUGUCCUAUGUGCGAAGUUCCCUUUGUUUCGUCGUAUAUGAUGAAACACUUUAUAUGGGGUCACCAAAUAAGAAAUCUGGACUGCAUUGCUCGCUUUUAUGCUGUCGCCCAAUCCAAAGAAAAGUUGAUUUUACUAACUCGGGUUCCCAAAAUGCCAUAUCGGACAGCGGACUGUGUGAGAGAGGAGGACUUGGCUUUGCUUCGGAAUGAAAGUAAGUUAGUGUCGACGACUGGCGGCCUACGAAUACUCGGCGAGAAUAAUGUCCGAAAUAAAGCUCAGAAGUUGGACCUUUUAGACAAGAAUAAUAAUGCAGGAAACCAAACUGAGAAUUAUGGAGACGACUUUAACAAGGAAACGAGUGAUGCGUUAGCAUUCGUACAGGGGCAAACCAUAUUUCCAACGUAACGUUGUUAAUUAACCUUUGCAUUACGAGGAAGAAAUAGUAUCCUGGCCUGGCUGCUGAUCCACCUACGCUUCUAUUAUGCUGGCAACUAUCAAUAAGAAGGGACUUCGUAUUAUUUUAGUUUGGUGUAUAAGGAAUUUGUUUUGUGAUUGGUAGUUGUUUGUUCAUUUGCUGUCUUCAUGUAAUCUUGCGCUAGCGAACCACCGAAGUUGCUGUUGAUCUCUUUAUGCUGAUCUCCUUUGCCUUUAGUAUCCUCACUGCCGAUCCCCUACGUCUCUAGUAUCCUUGAAACCACUCCUGCUAGAGGUCUCCUUUGCGAGUAAAAUCGCUCGACUCGUAUUGUUCCUGUAACAUGCCUCUCUUAUUCAUAAUAUUUCGUCUAGCCUGUUGCUCAACUUAGCAGCUUUUUCAAUGUUAUAUGCAGAGAAAGUAGCUGAUAAUUAAAACUAUGCUUCGGAUUAAGAAAUGGAAAUUUACCAGUAAGACAGGAUUUGCCAGUAAGACAGGACUUCGUAUCUUGCGGAGAGAAAUAGUUGAUUGGUUUUCUGUUUUUUUAUCGUUAGUGUUUUUUUGCGAUCGUGCGCAACAAUUGACAUCAUCGCUAGCGAACGGCCGAAGAAUGUAACUGUAAAUCCUUUAUGCUGACCCCACUUGCCUCUGACAUCAUCGCUGUUUAUCACAUGUGCCUAUAGUACCCUCGCUGCUAAUUCUUCUUGUCUAGUAUCCUCACUGCUGUUCUUAUUGCCUAUGGUAUCGUAUAGCUGCUGAAUCCUGCACCUUUGGUAUCCUCAUUGCUGAAUUCCUUGCCUCUAGUAUCCUGGCAGCUACCAAUAAAAUUAGGACUUCGUGUUUUUUUUUUAUUUCAGCAAAUGAGAAUGUUUAUUUAUCAUUAUCGUUGCUAGUAUAUUUGCAUAUUCUUUUUUCAAAUAAUCGUACGCAGCGAACGGCUGGUGUAUCUUCGCUAGUCCCCUUGUUUAUGGUAUCUUCGCUGCUGAUGACCUGCGCCUUUAGUAUCCUCGCUGCGGAUCCUCUGUGCCUCUAGUAUCCUCGCUGCGGACCCUCUGUGCCUCUAGUAUCCUCGCUGCGGAUCCUCUGUGCCUCUAGUAUUCUCGCUGCGGAUCCUCUGUGCCUCUAGUAUCCUCGCUGCGGAUCCUCCAUGUCUCUAGUCUCCUCGCUGCGGAUCCUCUGUGUCUCUAGUAUCUCUGUGCCUCUAGUCUCCUCGCUGCGGAUCCUCCUGCUUCUAGUGAUCUUGCCUAUAGUAUCUUGCCCACUAGGAUAACGCCCCUGUUACAUGCCUCCUUUACGAAUACAACCGCUUGACUCCUUCCGAGACUCACGUUGUCCGCACUACAUGCCUCUCUUAUUCAUAUUUCCUCUGUGCUUCGCUUAGCAGUCUCUUCAGAAUAUUUUUAUAAGGAAGGUAGCUUUCAAUUAUAAGUAGUUUACUGCAGUUAGUCAGUUCUUAAGGAAAUGUCGUUAGUUAUUAAUUAUACUUAGAAUUAAGAAAUGGAAAUUUGUCAACUAUCAAUAGGACAGGAAGAAUAUUUUUGAAAACAAAUGAGAAUUUUUUUUUCUAAA